ACUACUGUCGCCGUCGCUCACAACAACCAGAUUACCUGCUCCGGUGCUCAAUCAACUGUCUUCCUUAAACUGCAAGUUCGAAUGCCCAAUGUUCUGGGAUCACGGAUGAUUGUUUGCUCGCAAUGAGCCAACCGUCUUCCAUGAAGAACGGCUGCAACGGCAUUGCUGCUCACCCUGUCCCGGUGCCUCCGCCUAGACAGAUUCGUUUUGUCUCAACGGAUGGCCAACCGCAGACGAAACGGCGUCGAGUGAACGCAGCAUGCCGCACCUGUCGCAGGCGCAAGAUACGUUGCUCGGGCGAACAGCCAGUUUGCAAGACAUGUACCGACUACAAUCAUACUUGUCUGGGAUACAGUGAACCUCCUUCUCAUGUCCGGUCGCAAUCCGAUAGUGCACCGCGGCGCCCUGACCUGUCUUCACUACAUUCCUCCACUGAGGCGAUUAAACCUGGAAAUGCUCGAGCAGUGGAGAGCCAGUCUCCAGAUCCUCCUCGGCGACAGAAUGGACCACCGCAUAAACGCAGAGCGUCCGAGACACACAAACCCACAACAGGCCCCAAGAAUGCCUUCCCAUUCAAGAAUCCCUCCUUCCGUACUGCCAAGAAUCUCGGACAGCAACAUGCAGCAGAAGAUAGUCCCGGAAGCAGCCGCAGCUCCAUAAGCGCUAAUCCUCGUGCUCAAGUACCAUAUUUCAGGUAUUUCGGCCCAACUGCCAUUGUCCCGGGCUUCAAACAAAUGCUUGUUGAAAUUCGAGGUUCUCGGAAGAGCAACCCAUCAUCAGACUCAUCAUCAUUCCCUUCCCGAAGUCCAAAGUCCACUGGCACUAGACUGAACACUAUGAGCGCCAUAUCCGAUAGUAGCCGGGACGACAAUAAGAUUCCCUUUUACGACACCAAUGACAGCUCACUCGUUAGCAAUCUUGUGACCCAUCUGUGCGAAUUGUUCUUCGAGCACCUUGGAUGCAACUUCCCCUUUUUGCAACGAGAUAGAUUCCUUCGGGGCCUCAAGGACAAAAAGGUUAAUACGAUGCUCGUUAAUGUGGUCUGUGCACUGUCAGCGCGAUUCUCCCCACAUCCGUUAUUGGGUCCUCCACAGUCGCUCACAAUCGAUGGCUACGAAGAGCCACAUGACUGGAAAAUGUCUGAUCGUGGUCAUCCGUUUGCUUGCAGGGCCAGGGGCGCCUUGGUUGACUCUCUGUCAUGCCCAACUCUCUCGGUGGCGCAGGCGUGUCUGCUACUGGCCUACGAGGAAUUUGGUUCAAACCGAGACAGUGGUCUAUGGAUGUAUCUGGGAAUCUCAAUACGGAUGGCCCAAGAUUUGGGCAUACAGAAAAGGUAUGGCCCACACGGACCAACUGAUGAGUCCAUUGGCGAAGAGCCGGGCGACGAUCACCGUGAAGUCUCUGAACUGUCCAACAGCCCUGAUGAAAGCGUACAAGAUAUUGAAGAUUCCAGUCGAGAGCGCGAAGACACUUUCUGGUGUAUCUACUUCCUUGAUCGGGUGAUUUCAUCAGGCACGGGCAGGCCAGUGACGUUGGUUGAUGAAGAUAUACAAUUGUGCUUUCCUGCACAAUCAGAGUCGGUGGUUUCGAAUGGUUGGCCAGCUCCGUUUCCGCCACUCAUUCGGAUUAUACAUCUUUACGGAAGGGCCACCGAUAUCAUCAACGGAAUCCAGGACGUCAACGAUGUCACGGAUGAGACGGUGAAGCGACUGGCCGGUCUGGAAUCAGACUUGACAGGCAUUUAUUCGGCAUUAUCCUCCAAGCUCUAUUUUGAUGCAGCCAAUCUCCAGCAGUACGCGAUGGCCAAAGAAGGAACGAGUUUCAUACUUCUACAUCUUUGGUUCCAUGCCUUGAUCGUUCUACUCCAUCAACCAACCCUGUUGCAUUCGUUUGGUGGCACUAUCCAACAACUUUAUCCAAACAGCAGGCCACUGGCAAUGUCUUCUGCCAAGACUAUCGCGGAUAUCGCCUCAUUCUCAGAGUUGAUGGAUAGCAAAAGCUUCGUUGGAAACCCGUUUACGAGCCAACCCAUGUACAUCGCGGCGUGCGCUUUUCUGAUGGAAAGCGCAUAUUAUGCGUCACCAGACUCCAAAUCCGGUAUCUCUCCUCAACCGCUGUUGGCCAACCAAUCCAGCGGUUUUGUGAUGCCCAAUAUGGGUUUGGCAAACGGAUCCGAGCAAAGGUCUAUCGGCGCCACGCAGCACCAUCUUCUCGCAAAAUCCGCCAAGGACAACUAUCAGAAGUGCUACAAAGCUUUGAAGGCGCUCGAAAUGUAUUGGGAUGGUACCAAGUAUAUUCUGACCGUGCUCGACCAGAAGGCCAAGGGAAUAGUCGACCCUCUGUUGUACACGGCGGAAGAGGUGGGAGAUGCUCCUGUGCAGUCUUUGACCACAAGGAAACGGCAACGACAGCCUUCAUCGGAUGUCCCGUUGAACUCGGACUCACAGGCUACAGCUGAUGUUGCUCCUUCAACUGAGGGGAGGCUAGCAAGACUCGACCCCAGCCAAGCGAUUGGAUGGGCCCUUACCAACGCUGCGGACCCUCACAAUCCUAAUUUGAGUGUCUUGUACCAGAAUCCGGCAGCACAUACGAACUCAGCACCGACGAGACCAACACACCCCUCCCAAUACAGCCAUAGCUAUCCCAACACUGGGCAGAGUUCGAAUGCAUAUUCACAAUCUGUCGAGUCCCCCAGUCAUAUCCACACGACCCGAAGCCCGCCUAUUCUUUCAGUCCACGGCAUUCCUGCAUCGGGAGCCAAUCCUUAUAUUGGUUUGAACGCGUCCUAUCCCUCAUCUGGUCACUCUUCGUCGACGUACAACCAGAGCCUACCUCCAUCUCAACUUGGUACAGCAGCGCCGGAGUUUCAUUAUCAAAUCCCACCAGGUCCGAAUGAUCAUCAACCUGGUGAUUACUACCACCCGGGGUUCCAUUCCAGCGCAAACGACGUCUUAAUUGAAAGUCAAAACAUUGACAUGAACAUGCUCCAUGACCCAGGAAAUCUCCCGUUCCUCAACGGCGAUGGUCUUACAUGGCUGGAGUACCUACCACCCGACGUUGCCAGUCUAUUUGGGGAACAUCCACACUACCCUUCUUAAUUUGUCACGACUUUUUAAUCCUCUCCCCUUCUCAUAUUUAGCGGCAUGUCUUGCGGGAUUUUUACGAAUUUACUAGCGAUCGGUGCUACCAUAGUAUUUAAACCUUUAUGGAGACGGAAGUAUCUGGUGUUGGAUAUAGAUGUCUUGUCUCACGAGGAUUACGCAGCAUGCAGCGUGUAUUGUUCUUUUUGCUUAUCUUUCUGGGUUAUGAUUGUGAUGUCUUCUUUUGGUUAGAGACGAUGCUUUGGAGGGCAAAAAGUAGUGUCUUUGUUUUGAUGUUUUGUUGCCUUUGGCCACGACGUUUUCUAUGGGAAUAUGAAAAUCGCCUCGGUAUAAAGGCGCACUGGAUUCAUUCUGGGAUUUCUGGAUUUUGUGUAGUCUUACCCUACAGG